GAUGAGAGGAGGCAGCAGCGGUUCCUCAUCACUAUGACACACAGUCUGAGGAUAUAAAAGCCCGGGCCACUCCUUCUGCGCCCGCUGCACGCCUUCAGAGAGCAGCUCACUUCAGGUUGCCGGACAGAGAGCCGAGUGUCUGAAAGAAUGGCGACGCUACUUGAUACUGUAGAUCCUCCAGCACCCUUCGGAGGUGUCAGUAGCAUCAGGAACACGGCAUCACCCACGGCCUCGACACAUCACUUCGACGAGGGCAAAUAUUACCUGCUGGUGGUCAUCGGGGAGCUGGUCACCGACGAGCAUCUGAAGUGUGCCAUUGCGGACAUUGAGAAAGGAAUUCGUUCAUGGGACACAAACCUGAUUGAUUGUAACCUGGACCAGGAGUUGAAGCUUUUUGUUUCUCGACACUCUGCCAGGUUUUCAGCCGACGUGAAAGGACAAAAGAUUCUGCAUCACAAAAGUAAUGUGUUGGAGACAGUAGUGCUCAUCAACCCUUCAGAUGAAGCUGUUAGCACUGAGGUACGUCUGAUGGUCUCAGACACAACCCACCAUAAGCUGCUUGUCCUGGCAGGACAGUGUUUUGAAAAUACAGGCGAGCUGAUUCUCCAGUCAGGCUCCUUUUCUCUCUUCAAUUUCAUUGACAUUUUUACAGAUCAAGAGAUUGGAGAGCGUCUAAGCACCAUACAUCCAGCCAACAAAGCCAGUUUAACUCUUUUCUGUCCGGAGCAUGGUGACUGGAAAAAUUCGAACCUAGACAAACACAACUUGCAGGACUUCAUCCAUAUGAAGCUGAAUUCCCCAACCAUCCUUCCAGAAAUGGAAGGCCUUUCUGAAUUCACAGAGUACCUGUCAGAAUCUGUAGAAAUCCCAUCUCCUUUUGACAUGCUUGAACCUCCAACUUCAGGAGGGUUCCUAAAAUUAUCCAAACCAUGCUGUUAUAUUUUCCCUGGUGGACGGGGUGAUUCAGCACUGUUUGCGGUUAAUGGCUUCAACAUGCUGAUUAAUGGUGGAUCUGAUAGAAAGUCAUGUUUUUGGAAGCUGGUACGACAUCUGGACAGAGUGGAUUCUGUUCUCCUCACACACAUUGGAGAUGACAACCUUCCUGGUAUCAAUAGCAUGCUGCGGCGCAAAAUAGCUGAACUUGAGGAGGAGCAGUCGCAGGGAUCCACAGCUAACAGUGACUGGACAAAGAAUAUGAUUUCACCUGAUAUUGGAGUUAUGUUUGUCAACAUGCCUCAGAACCUUGAAAACCUUGAGACCAACUACAGGAUUAGGAAAAAUGCUGAGGAGGCAUGUCUCACGCUGGAGUACCUAAACAAGCUGUCUUUAAAGCCUGAACCUCUGCAUAGAAAUAUUGGGAAUACAGUAGAACCAAUUAUACUUUUCCAGAAAAUGGGGGUUGGAAAGCUUGAAAUGUAUGUUCUUAACCCAGCAGAGAAUAGCAAGGAGUUGCAGUACUUCCUGAAAGAAUGGACUGGUAGUGAUAAAGACAAAUCCCCCAUCUUGUUACCAAAUGAAAAAGAAUCAGAGCUCCCAAUCUCAUAUUUGUCUUCCAUCUCAUCACUGAUUGUGUGGCAUCCUGCUAACCCAUCAGAAAAAAUCAUCCGUGUUCUCUUUCCAGGCAAUUCCACUCAGAAUAAUAUUCUUGAAGGACUAGAGAAACUUAAACACUUAGACUUCCUCAAACAUCCUGUGAUCACACAAAAGGAGCUUAAUUCAAAUUUCACACCAACACUGAAACAAGCAAAGAUGAAACAUAAGACAGAUAGUAAAGAGAGCCUAAAGUCCACAUCAAAGCCAUCCCCAAGCAAAAAUCUCCACAAAGAGUCCAAAGAAGAAUCCCCUGAAAAACUAAAAACCCUCAGUAAAACUGACUCUGUGGAAAUCCCGGAGCCGACACAAAAAAUAGAAAAGAAAGAAAAAACACUUGUGAAAAAAGUGAAAACAGGAGACAAGGACAGUAAAAGCAAGAUUGAGCAAACACCCAAAAUCGACACUCCAGAGAAAAAGAAAGUUGACCUUAAACCAAAAACAAUAAAGAAAGAAACAAAGAAAUCCGUGGAAAAAAGUGAGACUGAUAAAAAGGCUGAAAAACCCACACCCAAGAAAGAAGAAAAGGCCAAAAAAGAAGAGAAGGUGAAGAAAGAGGAGAUGAAAAAGGAAAUUAAAAGAAGAGAUAUUAAGAAAGAUUCCCUAUUAAAGGAAAGCAGAAAGGACGAAAAGAAAGAAACUCAGAAAGAUGAAAAAGAACCUAAAAAAGAUUUGAGGAAAGUCGGUGGCUUGAAAAAGAAUGCCCCUAGCACUCCUGAGGUGAAAAAACCUGCACCUAAACCAAAGGUUGCAGCACGAGGCAAGGGCACUGGUAGUCCUGCAAAAUCCAAAGAGAAGGCUAAGUCCAAGUCCACCAAAAAAGAUGCUGGUGAACCAGUGGAAGCACCUUCCAUCUCAAGUGCUACUGCUGAAGAACCUGCUGUUGAAGCCAGUGUAACAGAUGUUCUUGAGGCAGAGAGGUCACUGAUGUCUUCUCCAGAAGACCUCACUAAAGACUUUGAGGCUCUGAAAGCAGAGGAGAUUGCUGAAGUUGACGAAAUCCUAUUACAGACCAAAAUAGACGAUUCUGAUCAAGGAAGGUUGAUUAAGCAUGAAGAAAUAACUCCUUGCAAAGAGUCUCCAGAAGCAGCAGAGUCCCUGGAUGAAGGAAUAGCAACCACAGAAGCUGAGGAGGAAUGUGGUGGUACUCCAGGGGAUCUAGAACCCAAUCAAAAAAGCAAUGGUACCAGCGAAAAAUUUGAAGAUGAAGGAACAGGUUUGGAAGAGUCAUCUGAGAUAGGAGACUAUGAAGAAAAGGGAGAUACAGAGGAAGUGGAUGAGCAAGACAGAGCAAUAUCUAAGUUAAAAGAUGAUGGACAGCAAGAAGAGCAGGAAACCGAGGAAGGACCAGAUUACGGUGCAGAAAAACCACAAUAUAGACAUGACAAAGAAACUGAGUUGCAGAGUUUUGAUGUAACCACACCACCAAAGAUAUCUGCACCGGCAUCUCCUGCUGUUUCUAUUCAUGAUGAAACACUACCAGCAGGUUUAGAAAGUGAGGUUGCCUCUGAUGAUGAAAAUCGAGAUGAGCCUCCAGAAGAAUACACAACAUCUGGACACACUCAGUCUACAAUUGAGAUCUCAAGUGUUCCAACACCUAUGGAUGAAAUGUCUACUCCAAGAGAUGUAAUGAGUGAUGAGACAACCAAUGAUGAAAGUGAUUCUCCUUCCCAAGAUUUUGUCAGGUAUGGUAUGACUACAGAUAAUGAGAGAAAGACCCUUUCACCUCUCCAAGACCUUCCUGAAUUAGAUCACUCCAAGAGCGAUGCCACUGAGGGGCAUGACUAUCAUGCAUCAGCUUCCACCAUUUCACCACCAUCUUCACUGGAGGAAGACAAAUCUGCCAAGGAGUUUUUAGCUAAAGACACAUUUUCUUUUGAUUCAAACAGGCUCAGUGCUACCAGUACAACUUUGCCUCUUGUCAGGUCACCUUCUGGUGACCAAAACGUGAAUGUUGACCAUGUUCAUGCAGGUGUAUCUUCACCAAUUGAACUGGGAACCACAUUAGCAGGGAUGUCAAAAGGAAUGGAAUCAUACAGUCCAGAUGAGAAAACCUUAGAGGGCCCUUUAUCUCCUCAGUCCUCAGGUCACACACCUUACUACCAAUCCCCAGUAGAGGAAAAAGCUGGCAAUCUACCACUGGACAAAACACCUGAAUCCCAGGGUCCUAUUAUUGUUGACAUCACAAGUGACAAGGAAUACUCUCCCAAAGAGGCUAGUCCUAUUGAUGAAGCAGUACCUGUGUCGCAAAUGGGAAAGAAGCAAUCACAGAGUUAUGAAGCACAUUUAUCUUCCAAUUUUGAGCUUGACCACAAGACCCCAAGCCAGACUGACAAUAAUGAUAAAAAGUUAGCAACUGAUGACAGUUCUUCAGUUACAUCUGCUACAUCUUUGCCACCGACUAAAGUAGAGAGCCUUUCUGAUACAAAUCAUUUCACAGCAUUUAAAGAGGACAGCAAAAUGUCCAUAUCCGAGGGGACCAUAUCUGAUAAGUCUGGCACUCCAGUUGAUGAGGUUGUCGCAGAGGACACAUUCUCUCACAUUGCCUCUGCUUCAACAGCAUCGCUCGCAACAAGUUCUUUACCAGAACCUACAACAGAUGAUGUCUCCCCAUCACUUCAUGCUGAAGUUGGCUCCCCUCAUUCUACAGAAGUGGAUGACUCUCUCUCUGUCUCUGUUGUUCAGACUCCAACCACAAUGCAAGAAGCAGAAGUUUCCCCUUCCAAGGAGGACAGUCCCCGGCCUAUGUCGAUCUCCCCUGAUGUUUCCCCAAAAAUGCUUCAGCUUUUAAAGAGAAGCACUAAGUCCAGCAGUGGAACAUCAGUACCUAACUGUCCUCCAAUGUAUAUGGACCUAGUUUACAUACCAAAUCACUGCAAUGCUAAGAAUGUGGAUGCUGAGUUCUUUAAACGGAUCCGAUCCUCCUACUAUGUAGUCAGUGGUAAUGAUCCAACAGCACAGGAGCCCAGUAAGGCAGUUCUGGAUGCUCUGUUGGAAGGAAAGAGCCAGUGGGGAAAUAAUGUGCAGGUCACACUGAUUCCAACCCAUGAUACAGAAGUUAUGAGGGAGUGGUACCAGGAAACCCAUGUGAAGCAGCAAGACUUGAACAUCAUGGUUUUGGCGAGCAGCAGCUCUGUGGUUAUGCAAGAUGAGUCUUUCCCUGCAUGUAAGAUUGAGCUGUGAUUGUCAUGAUCCAGAUAUGGUAGCGGUUGGAUGUUAGACAGCAAAUAAAUGAAAAACUUAGUACACACAUUCACAAAAGCAAAUAUUUUGGAUCACAUUCCAUAUUCUCAAUAGAGGAACCAGUAAAAAUGUUUCUCAGUAGAAUUAUCUGUCUAUCUUUUGAGGUCUCAGGUUGUGAAAAUGCUUGGUUUGUCACUAUUGACCACACAAAGAACAGUUUUUGGUGUGAACCAGACCUCCUUAAACAUACAAACAACCAGCAGAAGCUAAGCUAAACUAAACAACUGACUAAAUACAUACAGUAGUCGGUGGAUGAACACUGUACUGAGCAGCUCCAAUAAAAUUGACAACUAACUACAAAUGUACUCAUUUACGCACAGAUGAUGAAUGGAUCACUGAAAAAGAACUCAUUAAAUUGUAUUGUUUACACCAAAGGUUGAGGGAUUGUUUUAAUGCCUUAGAAAGUUAAACUGAAUGUACAACAGACAUAAUGCACUUAAUAUGAGGACAAUUAAAUGGUAUGCAUGAUCCACUGUGACAUAAAUAUAUCAUAGGAUGCAAAAGCUACAUUAAACUUCAUAUUCCAGCCACACUGAGUUGCAUAAAAUAUGAAUGUGAAGCUUGCUACCUUUGCGAAUAAAUGCAAAAUAGAACAAUGAUCUAACCAACUCUAAAUAACUCUCUGAGAAAAAGAAAUGCCUGAGAAAACGUGAAAUACCAUAAGUUGUAUGUAAAAACUGUUGUAGUAAAAGAACAACAACAAUAACAUCUCGUACCUUUUCUUCCUGGACAAGCAAAGAAUUCAUUAAUUAUAUUGUCACAGCCCAUCUUUAGCUUGAAAUUACACAAAUUUCACACCAGCCUUUUUUUAAAUAGGGUAAAAUAUUAAAUGUUUGAACUCCAAAAAUUGUUAUUCAUCAGUUUGUACUAGUUCUUAAUUUAUUUAUGCUAAUGUUUUUAUCUGAGCAAUACAAUCGUUAUAUUUAUUUGCUUUAUUUAAUGCUUAAAUUAUUUAUAACUAUAAAGUUUGCUUUUUGGACAUUUCCUAUGAAGUUGAUUAUGAAAAGUGAUCUUUUGUGUCAAAGUUCAACAUUAUUGUUUUUCUUUGAUGACUAUUGUUUUCUUCUCUUACUCCAAAUGGGGUUGAUUAUCCUUUUAACUGAACAUUUCACUCAAUGUUGAGAGCUCUUCUGUAUGCACUGUUCAUCCAAAUCUUAUCCAUCUAUGAUUUUUAUUUUCUUAGCUUGUUAAUGUUGCCAAGAAGAGCCAUCAAGAUUGUGGUACAUUGAAAGUUGAGAAACUGAAAACUUUCCUUUACUUAGGAAUCUUUUAUAAAAUUGCACUGUACUAUAAUUAUAAAUAGCUUAGUGACGGAGUGAGUGGUCGGAUGAUAUGUGCAUGUGUAAUGUAUUAUCCUUGACAUUUCUCUGCUUUCUUUCACUAAGAGGGGAAACUCACUCUUUACUGCCAACAAAUCACUGCAAGGAUAUGACAAAUAAUUCAUGAUUCUAAAAAUCAUGAACUUGGAUCAGGUUUACUGUAUCUUAAUGUCGCUUUUUAUCAAUAACCAUACAGCCAUGAAAAUGUUAACAUCUUAUUGAAGGUUGUCAAAGAGAUUUGAAUUAUAAUCAUUAAUUCCUAUGAUGCUACCACAGUAUACAGAUUUGACAGUUUACCAGAAUCUACAUGACUAUACAGGAUUAUGCUAUAGGUUGUUAUAAAUAUUUUAAAGUCGAAACUGCUUGAGAUAUUUAUACAACACGUCAACAAAUUAUACUAUUGGGGAACUUAGUGCCUUUGUGGCACAACCCUUUUCAACAGCUCAGUAUAACAGUACACUUGAUACGACAUUUAACUCAGAACCGGACAAUUCUUAAUUCCAUACUAACAGCAGCAAUUGUUAACAGAUUCUUCUAGCCACAUGCUUCAGCAAAGUGCACUGUUGUGCACUGUCGUGAGACAUCUACAUUACUAAAUACAGCACACACAUCCAGUCUAUCACUCCCCUCUUUCCUCUGACCCACAGUAACACUUCACUUUCUCUCAAAACUUCACAAUCCCUCUGGUUCUCUUCGCUCACCUUCGGGUGCUAGUAAGAAUAUGUCUGCAGUUGUGUAUGAAAUAUAUAUAUCUUGUGAACAUGCAUCUUUCCUCUUUUCAUUCCUAAUCCCAUAUCUAGAGGAUAGUCUCCAGUGAAAGUAUUACCUUUUGCUUUUUCUGAUGUUUGUGUGCGAUAACUCUUCCCAACUAUGGAGUGUUUGAUGUAAAGGGAACUACACUUAAAAAGAGGGUAAAUUUGACCACAAUAAAUCAUU